CUUACCCUUCCCCCCACAUUCACCCUUAACCACCACUGCGAGUCAUCUCGACUGGGAUGGGGGUCGGUCAAUCUCGCGCCACUCUCGUUUCUCGAGCGGAAACCGCUAUGAAACAACUGGAGGUCCACCCUCCUGACCUGUCCGAGCUGGGUUGGGAUGAUUUCCAGGCGCUUGAGACUACACUCAAUGCGGACGGCUCGGUCAAGGACAAGGACAUGUUCCUGCACUACGUGAGGGGAUUCCAUCAGCGGCAACAGGCUGCGCCUGAUGGCGAGAAGAGGGGAGGUUACAAAGUGCAGGACCUACAUCGCCAGGUGACUGACACAUGGGCGUGAGGAAGUGACACCAUCCCAUCGAUGCGUUAUGUCUUGUGCUGUGUGUGUUGCGGUGCUUUCAGUCUGGUCUCGGGCGAGGCUGAUCCUGUCCCUCCCUCAUCGGCUGGGUUGCCCGAGUCUGGUUCCUCCCCUGUGGUGGAUGAGUCCAUCGUGGCAGGUGGGGUCAAGGGGGCGAUGCCGUCACCGAGGGCCUCAUGGGAAAGGGAAGAUGAGGGAGAUGACACAGCAGCAGCAGGAGGAAGGCAAGGCAGGUGAGGGCAAGGAGGGGUGACCGUUCCGUGCGUAUCGACGUGCGCACGAGUCAUCAAACGUCGAUACGUAUGAGCCAUCAUCUCUGCUGUGUGUGCAGUUUCUCGUGGAAUGGGAGGUAUUACUCGAAGGAGCUGAUCGCCGACAUGAAUGAUCCGGUGAGCAGACGGAGAGAGAACAGGCUGCAUACAUGCAUGGAUACACCUGCAUCCAUCCGUGCCGUCAGAGUAAAGAGAUGUGCUGGUCCGAAGCUGUCGGAGAGGGAUUUGGUGCUGGUCGGUAGCUCAUCGAUGCUGCCUUAUUAUUGUGGCGCUGGUGGAUGUGGCAAUGUCGAUUGAGCCACUGCAUCAACACCACAAGUGGUACAGAGUUUGCAGCCGGAUCUCACUGCCUGCCAUCUUACAUACAGGGCACGUGACUGCAUGGAUUGCCCAUGGCCAUCACUGCUCUCACUGCUCUUUUAUCGGCUUUCGGUGGCUAAUCUAUCUAUCGGCUGGCGCCCGGCCACGCCAUCGCUGUGUGCCAGGUGUUGAGUAGGCGAGUUCGGUGCAUGUGUGUCUGGACUGCUGAUGUCAGUGAGUGAGAGUGAGGCGAUGCGAUUCUCGAGGCCAUCCCUUGGUGCCCAUUGAAGGGAUCCACUCGAGGCCAAUGCAGGUGAACUCAAUCAACAUGCACACACUCACGCAAACCAUGGCGUCAAAUCAUCC